AUGUCAUCAAAGAAGAAGACCCUUUUGAAAGUUAUCAUUUUAGGUGAUUCAGGUGUUGGUAAAACAUCUUUAAUGCAACAAUUUGUCAAUGGUAAAUUUUCCCAUCAAUACAAGGCCACCAUUGGUGCAGAUUUCCUAACAAAAGAGUUAACAAUAGAUGAUAAGUCAGUCACAAUGCAAUUAUGGGAUACUGCUGGUCAAGAACGUUUCCAAUCAUUAGGUGUUGCUUUCUACAGGGGUGCUGAUUGUUGUGUAUUAGUUUAUGAUGUUACAAAUCAGAAAUCUUUUGAAAAUAUAUCAUUAUGGAAAGAUGAAUUUUUAAUUCAAGCUAAUGUUAAAAACCCUGAAAAUUUCCCAUUUGUUAUAAUUGGUAAUAAAGUUGAUGUUGAUGAUUCUAAGAAAGUGAUAAGCACUAAAAAAGCACAACAAUUUGCUAAUAACUUGGGUAAUUUACCAUUAUUCCAAACAAGUGCUAAAGAAGCUGUUAAUAUUGACCAAGCAUUUGAUGUUAUCGCUAGAAAUGCAUUACAACAAGAAGAAAACGAUGAGUUCAAUGAUGAAUUCAAUGAUGCUAUCAAUAUUCAACUAGAUAGUGAAAAUAAUAGUUGUGCAUGUUGA